UGAAACUGAAAGGAAGCAGAGACGAUUCCGACAAGAAGGAAAUCUGAAUGCGUAGCUUUGCACGGUUCUCUUUUUAGUCUGAGGACUGCACGUUUUGAAUACUUUAUUUGUCUAAAAUUAGGUGCACAAUCAGGCGAGGAUCACCAUGUUUUCUGUAAGGUUUGCCUUGCUGUUUUGUGCCUUGAGCUAUUUCCCUCUCGCCGCUCGCUCCGACAUCGCUAGAUCUAGCACCCAGCAGUCGCCCAAGUCAGCAGGAAAACCCAACUUCAUCGUUAUGCUCAUGGACGACAUGGGCUGGGGCGAUCUUGGAGUGAAUGGGGAACCCAGCAAAGAGACGCCAAAUGUGGACAAAAUGGCCGCAGAAGGAAUGCUGUUCCCUGAUUUCUACUCCGCCAACCCGCUUUGUUCUCCAUCAAGAGCUGCAUUGUUGAGCGGACGACUUCCUAUUCGUAAUGGAUUUUACAGCACAAACGAACGUGGACGCAAUGCUUACACACCUCAGGAUAUUGUCGGGGGUAUCCCAGACUACGAGAUCCUCUUGCCUGAACUUCUCCAAAAGAACGGCUACCGUAGCAAGAUCAUUGGCAAAUGGCAUCUGGGACAACAGCCUCGCUACCACCCGCUCCGUCACGGUUUUGACGAGUGGUUUGGCUCCACCAACUGUCACUUCGGUCCGUUCAACAACAAAAACACACCCAACAUUCCCGUGUUCAAAGACGCAGACAUGGUUGGAAGGUAUUACGAAGAUUUCCCCAUCAACAGACAAACGGGAGAGGCCAACAUCACUCAGAUCUUUAUCAAUGAAGCGACGAGUUUUAUUGAGAAGCAGGCUGCCGCAGGCCAACCAUUCUUCCUGUACUGGGCGGUGGAUGCCACACACGGGCCCGUCUACGCCUCGCCUGAUUUUCUCGGUACCUCACGUCGUGGUCUCUACGGCGACGCAGUAAGAGAGCUGGACUCGGGAGUGGGCCGUAUCCUGCAGCUGUUAGAGAAACUUCAGGUGGACAACAACACCUUUGUGUUCUUCUCUUCUGACAAUGGAGCCGCUACCUACGACAAGGCGAAAGGUGGCAGUAACGGUCCGUUCUUGUGUGGCAAGGAGACGACGUUCGAGGGCGGCAUGAGAGAACCGGCGGUGGCGUGGUGGCCAGGUGUGGUCCAGGGGGGACAGGUGUCCCGGCAGACUGGGAACUUGAUGGAUCUGUUCUCCACGCUGCUCGACUUUGCCAACAUUCCCGCCCCGAGCGACAGAACCAUUGACGGCAUCAGUCUACGGCCAGCUUUGUUGAGCAACAAUAUCACGGACAGACCCAUCUUCCUGUACCGCGGGGAUCUGUUAAUGGCCGCCCGCGUCGGUCAGUACAAGGCACAUCUCUGGACCUGGACCAAUAGUUGGACGGAAUUUCAGCACGGCACAGACUUUUGCCCAGGUCAGGACAUCAAAGGAGUGACGACGCACAAACAGACAAACCAGACGGCCAGCCCACUCCUCUUUGACCUUGGCUCUGAUCCUCAAGAGAAAUAUGUGAUCCCGCCAAGUUCCCUGAUCUACAAACAACAGAUGCCCGCCAUCUUGAAAGCUGUGAAGGAACACCUGGCCACUCUGAAGCCCGGAGACCCACAGCUCAACUGGUGUGACCCGGCUGUCAUGAACUGGGCACCUCCUGGCUGUGAGAAACUCGGCCGCUGUCUGCCCGUGCCGAAGUCUCAGCCCACCAAGUGUGUGUGGGUGCACUGAGGGGUACACAUGUGUGUGGGGGAUCGGAGUGUACUGAGCUGUACACAUAUGUGUGUGUGUGUGGGUGGGGUGCACUGAGGUGUACACAUGUGUGUGGGGGAUCGGAGUGUACUGAGCUGUACACAUAUGUGUGUGUGUGUGUGUGGGGUGCACUGAGGUGUACACAUGUGUGUGGGGGAUCGGAGUGUACUGAGCUGUACACAUAUGUGUGUGUGUGUGGGGUGCACUGAGGUGUACACAUGUGUGUGGGGGAUCGGAGUGUACUGAGCUGUACACAUAUGUGUGUGUGUGUGUGUGUGUGGGGUGCACUGAGGUGUACACAUGUGUGUGGGGGAUCGGAGUGUACUGAGCUGUACACAUAUAUGUAUGUGUGUGUGUGUGGGGUGCACUGAGGUGUACACAUGUAUGUAUGUGUG